AUGCUUCGCAACUGGGUACUGCCAGUGGUCCUGGCGCUGCAGAUACAGGUCGGACAGCAGCAGACUACACUGGACCCAUGCAGCCCUGACCUUCCAAAUCGCGCCUUGGGCUGCCCACCCUUGGAGGAGGUGAUUGAGUGCACUUACUCGGGCAAGCACUGCUAUCUAUACGAUGCCUUGGAACCUUUCUGUGUGGAGCCCUUGCUGUUUUUUGAGAGUCCCUUUGGGGGCAGGCGAGCUGAAGGCCCGCCUGUCUGUACAACCACCACAACAGCCACCUACACCGUGACAUUGACUACGACCCAGACGGUGACAGGCUUCACGACAACACGGCCUCCAGCCGUCGAAUGCAGAGACUUCUGCUAUGACAAUUCCCACCCGUGGCUUGUCAAGUGCGGUUGGUCUGCCUGUGCUUCAUGUGGGGAGUGUGCUUCGAUCAUCCUUCCGUCCACAAGCGCGGAAAGUACGUCGGGAAUGCUGGUUGUGACAGCGAGGCCGGACCGCAGAAAUACAACUUUGCCGCCAACGACGCAGAGACCCUCCAGCACAGGCGCCGGCAAUGCCGGAGGUGGGGGCCCCGUGUUCGAAGAUGACGGAUCCUUAGAGGAUGCAGCAAACAGUGAUCAGACGACCGAUGGGGCUUCGACCUCUUCGACUCGUGAGCUGGAGUCGAAGACCUGCCUGCAACUGUGCUACAAUGCAAUCGAGUAUCUUGGGUGGCCAACGCUUUGCACUUGGGCUACCUGCGUGACCUGUCCAGAAUGUUCAGGAACUACCGUCACAGCAACCACUACAACAGAAGUUCUACCACCGACGUUUACAUUAACGACAACGUUUAUAUCAGGCACAACCGGCAUUUCGUCCACAACAUCUACGAUGACGCGCACUGCUAGCAGCACAACCAGCUGGACGACUACCUGGACGUCAACCAUUACAUCCACGACUACCGACAGGGCGUGUGCCUCGCCGAGCCCAGUCUUGUCCAGCAUAGCCAGAAACAAGGAGUUCUGCGCAAAUCUUAGCGCCGGAGAUUUCUGUGUUGCCCAAAUUCAAGACCAUCCGUGUCUUUACGAUGGAGAUCUAUAUCUCGAGUGCCCCAGGAACAACAUUCUGUACAGAGAGCCCCGUCUGCUGCGAGGUGAGUACCAGACAAAGUGUCGAGUCUGCGGGUUCGCAGAAAAUGAUUGGCAAGAUACCGAUGCGCUUGCAGGCCAGAUGUCCGUCAGUUUCCAGUUCGGGGCGAAUGCGAUACUUGGAGAAAUCAAUGAGACCGACAUAUAUGGCUACGGUAUCUUUCUCGCCGACAACUGCAGCCGGCCCGUGAAGAGCGAUCCAGUAGGCUACAUCGAGAAGUUGGAUCCGUAUCCCUUCGACGAGAGGUGUUGCACCUUGAACGCUUAUCAGGUGACCGUUGCGUUUGAGUUGCCACCGAACUCUUACAGCGCGAUCCUGAUGGUCCGAGUGAACACCUCGCUGGGCUUCCUGCCAGUUGGCGCAGCCACGCCGGAGAUCUUUGACAUGAACGCGUCAAUGAUCGGCACGGCUGAUGCUAUCAGGUACUCGCUCAGCUUUUCCCAGGCGCUUUGCUUGCUCGUGGUACUGUCCCAGAUGACAGCUUACGCUUGA